UGUUUAUGUUUCUUGAAUUAAAUUUCUCAAGUCAACUCAAUCAGUUCUUUAAAGACAUUAGAAAUAAAAGCACGGAAAAUUUUCAACGCUCGUAGUUUUAUCAGAAAAACUUGAGUUGUUUUUUUCAUUUAUCGUUUGUUUAAUUAAUUGAGAAUGGAUUCAGAAAGCGUUAUUAAGAACAUUAAUCUCGCAAUCAGUUAUAUAAACUUGGAUGACGUAGAUUUAGACUUUGAUAGUGUUCGAGAUGAAACUUUUAAGAAAGAGUUACGAAACUUAUUUCAGAAGCUUAAAGACGAGCCUAACAUAGACUCACGAACAGAAACUUUUGAUGAGAUCAUUCAAAUGGUAAGAGGUCAAUUAAAGUCACUAGAAACAGUUGGUCAGAUUCUCGAUUUUUUGGGAUUCACCAUUAAAAUGCUUUUCGUUGAAAAAUCGACUACAACAACGGACCUCUCACUUCUCAAUGAACUAUUUCAACUUAUGCCAGCACAAUGGGAAACGGAUCCUGUCAAGGUUCACUUGAUCACAAAAAUAAUAUAUGAAACUUUGAAUGCCGAUUUUAACAACACCAUGCAUGUUAUCACGUCAAUUAUAUGCAUCAAUAAUAAACUUGGAUUUUAUGUGGCGUUAACAUUAUUCUGGGCUUUGUACUUGAACUAUUUCAAGAAAGAUUCUCAUCAUUACUACAAAAUGUACAACGUGGAUAAAUUCUUCAAGCUUCUUAUGACAUGUGACUUUACAAGCGGCAAACAAGAUGCAGAUUCACUUUUUAAACUUUUGCUUCUUACGUCAAUUUAUCAGAACAAUGUGCUUUUGAAUAAAGACAAUCCAGAAGAUCAUCAAAUUUUUCAAGAAUUCUUCAAAGUCACUCAAAAAGAUUGCGAAAAAUUAAAAGAUUGGUUGAUUAAUGUAAAAAGUCUUAUCGAAGCAAACAACUCUUUGGUGAAGUCAAAUCAAAGCUCUGACGUUUUAAUGUUGCUGGAAUUUUUGGAAUUAGAUAUAAUCAGAGGCAUUAGCCAGGAUGGCAAUCAACAAUCUGUUAUGGAUCCGCUCACAGAUAUUUCCCACGCCACCGUAUCGAAAGAUGAAUAAAAGAAGAACAAGAAGAAAAAGUUGUGAAGAGAUUGCCUAAGUGAUAAAUCUUUUUUCUUUUCCUUAUUUUUUCCCUCUUUUCCUUCCUUUACGGAUUUUAUAUGUACGUAAAUCUGAGCGUUCAACAAUGGUAACAAAAGACGCAGGCUGUUUGCAUUUGAAGCAUUUAUGAAUCCCGUUUAACAUUACUUACAUCUGACGUAAAUAAAUAUCAUGAAUACGUCGUGAUGUGAUACAAAAUGUAUUAGUCAGACACAAUGACAACCAACAUAAUAUUGGACGUGUAACAAAUGUAUUUUAUAUUUCAGUUAUGUAAGUUACAAUAAUUUAUUAGAAUAAUUUUUAUGAAGAAAUACUUUGUUGAAAAGCACGCCAUUCUUAACAUAAUUGCAAGCUGCGAUUGUCAACAGUCUGAAAAAUAAACAACCAAAGAAAAGACCAUCAGGAAAGAAUAAGGAAAAGGAAAGGCAAUUUCCGCCAACAAAAAUAUUUUAUUUUCUUCAUUUCAGUCUUUCAAUUUUAUUAAUAAUAAAAGCAAGUGAAUUGUACUUGAUGUAAGAUAUUCGAAUAUAAAUUCAGGUGUGAAGCUUUGUGAGGGGUGCACCUUAUACAGAAAAGAAUAGAGAUGAAGAUUAAUGUUGCUCAUGACUGUGGCUGAACACUGAUAUUUAUUUAUCCUCUUUGUCAUCAUAAAACUUUUUCUUAUUCUUUUUUGGAAAGCGUUGUGAUGUGUCACAGGGAAAUGAUAAGAUAUGAAAGUGUCCGUUUAGAUAUAAUUUAAGUGGCUUAUAAUCCCCCAACAAAACAAAAGCACCAGUAGAUAAUUUAUCUUAAUCUAGAAGAAUGUUAAUUGUUGUUGAAUUUGGUGCGCUUUAUGAUAAAUUAAAAAGUAAAGAAGUAAAUGAUGAGAAAAAAAAACUCCCACGAACUUCUUUGAGGAAAAAAUAAAAGGAAAAGAAUUUUAAAUUAAUCAGAAUCAAAUGUUAUUUACCUUGACGUCAAUUUCAUUAAAAUCUUGUUAGAGUAAUUGGAAUCGAACGACAAACGGCACACUUCAAGUGGAAACACGAGUGUAAUGAAAGCAGCGACAUUCAAUCAAAAUGUGUAGCGAACGGUAAUUGACAACAGCGUAGGGAUGGAGGAAAAACAAAAUUUGCAUUGAGUGUGGGAUGUGAGCUUAUGGAAUGAGACGUGAGAUUAAAUCGAAAGGAAAGUUGUUAUUUAAUACGUAUAGAAAUUAUAUUUAAGUAAGCUCAAAUAAAUUGUUGCUUUUCACGGUUCGCUUUGGUUUAUGAAGGACAAAAUCGUCUCUGAGAAGAAUUUUUCCACUCGAUGACCAAGAGGUUGUUGUUAAGGAUAAAUAAAUAAAACCAGUAGGUUGAAAGGCGUACUUGUAGGCGUCCGGCCAUGAAUGGAUGACUGAAAUGAAAAACAUUUGGUAUAAAAGCUUUUAAGCUUUGAAGGGUGAACCUUUUUAUGACGCCAUUUGUCGACACUUCCUUAAAUAAAAUAAUAAAAAGAGUAAAGAAUUUAUUUAUUUGAAACAAAAGUGGAAAUCAAUGUUAUUUGAUAAGUUCAAAGCCAAAUCGAAUUCGCUUGAGGCUUACCUUUGAAUUCUUAUCUACGUACAUAUGAUGGUGGUCUGAAAGUUGUCAGAAGCUUUUAAACAUGUUUUCAGUUUCAGUGAAAUGUAAAAUCCUUUAAUUCAUACAUAAAUUCAAAUGUUGAUGUAGGAUAAAUAAAAAAGGAAAAUUUUAAUUUCAGUUCAUACAGGAAAAAAUAACAAACAUUAAUCCGUCCCACCAUCGUACACAUAAAUAAAACAAAUAAAGAAAGGAAAUGAAAAAUCAUUUUCCUGUUUGUUACUACAAAAAGAAAACAACCUUUGCCCACAUAAACCUAAACCCAAAUCAUCCAUCAGAUGCUUCCUUUUUCUUAUUUUUCUUUCUGACACACUCUAACUAUUAUAAAUAAGCUCAUGAAAUUGACCCCAUAAUGUCGUUAUAAUAAAAAGUUUGUAGUCAAGUUGAAAUCAAAAGAAAAAAAAGUGGAAUGUAAUAAAGAGUCGAGACAUUGAUGAAGAAAG